AUGGCAAAAAUGGUGCUCGACGACCCUAACAAAUCCGAUGGAGACAUGAUGGUAGUGUCAUAUAUCGUAUGGAAAACACCUUUACCACCACACUCCGCCAAAUCAGAGUCUGAAUUAGCCGCCGCAUCUGCGCAAGAAAUCGCAGAACUGCAAGUACCAGAAGGAGUGGACAGGGAUCUUGUUGUUCGGCUCAAGACAGAAUAUAGAGCCUUGAGUAAGAAGUAUUUGGGUGAAGACUACGAAACCAGGUAUUGGGAGCUCGAUGCACUGGCAACGCUUCCAACAUAUCAGCGUAUGGGACUUGGAACGAGACUUGUGAAGUGGGGACUUGACAUGGUGGAGGCAGCUAUAAAGGCAAAGCCUGCUGAGGUUGACGGCGCGUAUUUGGUUGCUAGUCCGGCGGGAUCGAGUACGUAUCGAAACGCGGGGUUUGUGGAGGUUGGAGAGCAAUUUGUGGAGGUGAAUGGACAGGAGCCUUACAGGCAUUGUUGGUUUGUGAAACGGUUUGAGAACAAUGAACAACAUUCUGGAACCGACACCUAG